UUCAGUUAGUGGAGCAACUCAGAGAGAAAGGCGUGCGGGACGACACACAGCCUCAUAUAACGACCGACUUCACGAUAAGUUUUCAUCAUCAUCUUCCUGAGGUGGAAAGAAAAUCCGAUCAUGUUCAAGAAAAAGUUCCCGUCACUCUCCAGUCUUGGGUCGGACGGGAACACUGCGUUCCUUCGUGCUGCCAGGGCUGGGCAUCUGGACAAGGUGCUGGAACACCUCAAGUCCAAUAUAGACAUCAAUACGUCCAACUCGAAUGGACUCAACGCGUUGCAUCUCGCUUCCAAAGACGGCCACGUUAAUGUGGUGACCGAGCUGCUGAAACGAGGCGCUGUUGUCGAUGCAGCCACGAAGAAGGGCAACACUGCUCUCCACAUAGCAUCACUAGCCGGACAAGAAGAAGUUGUCAAGUUGCUGGUGGCAAAUGGAGCAGCAGUCAAUGUCCAGUCACAAAAUGGCUUCACACCACUGUAUAUGGCGGCCCAAGAGAACCAUGACAACGUGGUCAGGUUUCUACUCGCCAACGGAGCCAACCAAAGUCUCGCCACUGAGGACGGAUUCACGCCACUGGCCGUGGCGAUGCAGCAGGGCCACGACAAGGUUGUCGCCGUGCUUCUCGAAAACGACACUCGCGGCAAAGUGCGCCUUCCAGCGCUUCACAUUGCCGCUAAGAAGGACGACUGUAAAGCUGCAGCGCUCCUGCUACAAAAUGACCAUAACCCAGACGUGACAUCAAAGAGUGGGUUCACACCACUCCACAUAGCAGCGCACUACGGCAAUGAGAGUAUAGCCAACCUUCUUCUUAACCGGGGCGCAGACGUGAACUACUCAGCCAAACAUAAUAUCACGCCCUUACACGUUGCUGCAAAGUGGGGGAAAACCAACAUGGUGUCGCUCCUGCUGGAGAAGGGAGCCAACAUAGAGUCCAAGACACGGGACGGCCUCACCCCCCUCCACUGCGCCGCCAGAUCUGGACACGAACAAGUAGUGGACAUGAUGCUGGAACGAGGCGCGCCCAUUAGCUCCAAGACCAAGAACGGGUUGGCACCCCUUCACAUGGCGUCCCAGGGCGAUCACGUGGACGCGGCACGUAUCCUUCUGUAUCACCGAGCCCCCGUGGACGAGGUGACAGUGGACUACCUCACUGCACUGCACGUUGCUGCUCACUGCGGCCACGUUCGUGUGGCCAAACUGCUGUUAGAUCGCAAAGCUGACCCAAAUGCGAGAGCUCUUAACGGCUUUACCCCACUCCACAUCGCCUGCAAGAAGAACAGAAUCAAGGUGGUGGAGCUGCUGCUCAAACACGGUGCCUCAAUCGAAGCCACGACAGAGUCGGGCCUGACCCCUCUACAUGUGGCCAGCUUCAUGGGCUGCAUGAAUAUCGUCAUCUACCUGCUGCAGCAUGACGCGAGCCCCGAUGUGCCCACCGUGAGGGGUGAAACGCCGCUUCACUUGGCAGCAAGGGCCAACCAGACGGAUAUCAUCCGCAUCCUCCUGCGCAACGGUGCGCAGGUCGACGCCAGGGCAAGGGAGCAGCAGACACCGCUACACAUCGCCUCCAGAUUGGGCAACGUGGACAUCGUGAUGCUGUUGCUCCAACAUGGCGCUGCCGUAGACUCCACCACAAAGGACAUGUACACGGCACUACACAUUGCCGGCAAGGAGGGCCAGGAAGAGGUGGCGUCCGUUCUUCUCGAACACGGAGCUUCUUUAACAGCUACCACCAAGAAGGGCUUCACGCCUCUACACCUUGCGGCGAAGUACGGUAACAUGAAAGUUGCCAAACUGUUGCUCCAGCGAGAUGCCCCUGUUGAUGCUCAGGGCAAGAAUGGAGUCACACCUUUACAUGUGGCUAGCCAUUACGACCACCAGAAUGUGGCACUUCUGCUGCUUGACAAGGGUGCUUCACCCCAUGCUACUGCAAAGAAUGGUCAUACACCACUGCACAUAGCGGCUAGAAAGAAUCAAAUGGAUAUUGCUACUACCUUGCUAGAGUAUGGGGCAAAGGCCAAUGCUGAAUCAAAGGCAGGUUUCACUCCCUUGCAUUUGAGUUCCCAGGAAGGCCACACUGACAUGUCUUCUCUAUUAAUUGAACAUCAGGCAGACGCCAACCACAAGGCAAAGAAUGGACUAACACCCCUGCACUUGUGUGCACAAGAGGACCGAGUUAAUGUGGCAUCUAUCUUAGUCAAAAAUGGUGCUGAAGUUGAUUCCACUACCAAGGCAGGCUACACGCCUCUGCAUGUUGCAAGCCACUUUGGACAGAUCAACAUGGUACGUUUCCUGUUACAACAUGGUGCAGAUGUGAAGGCGAGCACCAGUAUUGGAUACACACCACUUCACCAAGCUGCACAGCAGGGUCACACCACCAUUGUAAAUCUAUUAUUGGAGAACAGUGCUCCACCAAACUCACUGACCAAUCAAGGACAAACAGCACUGUCCAUUGCCCAAAAGCUUGGCUACAUCAGCGUUGUAGAGACACUGAAGGUUGUGACUGAGCCUUCCAUCCCCACCAAUGUUGCAUCUGGAGCUGAGGAAAAGUAUCGAGUUGUUGCCCCUGAAACAAUGCAAGAAACUUUCAUGUCGGACUCUGAGGAUGAGGGUGGUGACCCCGACGUGUUGGAUUCUGCUGGUGUUUAUGGGAAACCCACGCACGCCCAACAUGUCUACUUGCCUUAUUACGAGGGCCAAAUGCUGCUUACGCGUGAGGACACAAUGCUGAGUGACCAGCCAUACCGCUACCUCACUGUAGAUGAGAUGAAGAGCCUUGGAGAUGACUCGUUACCAAUUGAUGUUACCCGAGAUGAGAGAAUUGACUCCAAUAGGGAGUGCAUGGCUCCUCCGACAGCUGUGGAUGAUACCAUCAGUCCACAACAUGUGAAGGAGAGUUAUGCCCAGUUCACUGCCACACACUACACUCCUGACAAUAUCGAUAUUAACCGACACCCUGUUCAUGUGGGGAAACUGCACUGGAAGAAUUUUUUGGUCAGCUUCCUGGUGGAUGCUCGAGGUGGAGCCAUGCGUGGCUGCAGGCACAGUGGUGUUCGUGUAAUUGUACCCCCUCGAAAAGCUACCAUGCCCAUGCGAGUUACCUGCCGUUACUUGAAGAGGGACAAGCUCAGUCAUCCUCCACCCCUCAUGGAGGGUGAAGCUCUUGCAAGCCGUAUACUUGAGCUGGGUCCAGUUGGGGCCAAGUUUCUAGGACCUGUGAUCAUCGAAGUGCCACAUUUUGGGUCUCUUCGUGGCAUGGAACGUGAAAUUGUUAUUCUUCGCUCUGACAAUGGUGAAACAUGGCGUGAACACACCUUGGAGGCAAGUGAAGAAGCUGUUCAUGAAGUGCUCAAUGAGAGUUUUGAGGGAGAAGAGUUGACUGCUUUGGAGGAGACCACCUCUGGCCGCAUGACCCGAAUUCUGACCACAGACUUUCCCCAGUACUUCGCUGUGGUGUCUCGAAUCCGUCAGGAGGUGCAUGCCAUAGGACCUGAGGGAGGCAUGGUGUCAUCCAGUGUGGUACCUCAAGUACAGGCUGUCUUCCCACAAGGGGCUCUCACAAAGAAGAUCAAGGUUGGACUGCAGGCACAACCGAUAGCAGUGGAGCUGGCAGCAAAGUUGCUUGGCAAUCGCGUGGCUGUGUCACCUAUAGUAACUGUGGAGCCUCGAAGACGCAAGUUUCACAAACCUAUCACCCUAACAAUACCUGUACCUCAGGCUGCUAACAAGGGCAUGAUCAACCAGUAUUCAGGAGAUGCUCCUACCUUACGACUUCUCUGCAGCAUCACAGGUGGUACAACACGUGCCCAAUGGGAGGAUGUCACAGGAUCUACACCCCUCACAUUUGUCAACGACUGUGUCUCCUUCACAACCACGGUAUCCGCACGCUUCUGGCUAAUGGACUGCCGCAAUAUUGGGGAUGCAACGAAGAUGGCCACCGAACUGUACAAGGAGGCGAUACAUGUCCCAUUCAUGGCCAAGUUUGUGAUCUUUGCAAAACGAGUGGAUGUUCUCGAGGCUCGACUCAGGGUGUUCUGUAUGACAGAUGACAAGGAAGAUAAGACUCUGGAACAUCAAGAGCACUUCACAGAAGUUGCAAAGAGUAGAGAUGUAGAAGUUCUAGAAGGAAAACCCCAGUAUAUAGAAUUUGCUGGAAAUUUGGUACCUGUAACAAAGUCUGGUGAUCAACUUCAGCUGGGUUUUCGAGCAUUCAAGGAAAACCGUCUGCCUUUCACAGUACGUGUAAAAGAUCCACAUGCCGAUACAGUGGGUAGAAUUCUUUUCAUGAGAGAACCCAAGGUAGCGAAAGGAGAACCUCCUCAACAGCCCGUCUGUAUACUUAACAUUGUCCUACCAGAAACAAUUCUGCCAGAAUCAACGCUCUCAGAGCCUGACUUGCUGGUUUUGCACAAGAAGUACAGUUUCUUAAGGGAUGGUGGCCUAGGCCGUCUAGAUACGACAUAUCAACGCACAGACCUCCGUUUGUCAGACAUAAGCAAUCUGCUAGGAGAGGACUGGGUACCCCUGGCGAGUGAGCUUGGCAUCACAACCUCAGAUAUUAACCUUGUGAAGUCAGAGUGUCCAAGCAUUGUUGCACAGCAAGCCAUGUCUAUGCUCAGGUUAUGGCUACAACAAGCUGGAAAUAAGGCCACGGGUAAUGUUCUAGAGACAGCUCUUCAUAAAAUUGGGCGGGAUGACAUCGUUCAGCAGUGCAUAUUUAAUGUUGAUGAAAUGGACAGGGCUGUUGCCAAAGUUCAGCUUGAUCAAUCAGGUUUUGAGAAUCUCAAGGAAGAGCUUGGACCCUCAAGAGAUGCCUCUUUACGGCGAGACACAAGUCUUGACAUCACAUAUGAUGAACAGGACAUUAUGAAGGAAUCAGAAUCUGUGGAGGAAUUGGUACAAGCAGAGAAGAAAGAGCCUUAUGACGACCGCCUUCCAAAGUCAGUCAUUUCAAAAGACAAACAGGAGCGGGACAUAGAAGAGACAAAGUACAUUGGAGAGGAGAAAGUAGUGGAAGAAGAGCGCAAGACAGUGGCUCAACUCAAGGAGAUAUUUGCUCAGGACAAACGUGAUCGACAAUAUGAGCGGCAGCCACCCAUAUCAGAACAGUUAUCUGCAACACCUGUGAAACCAAAAAAAGAAAAAGUGCCAACCCAGUCAAUGUUAGGGGACAUUUCUAAAGUGUCAUCUGCAACUGAAGACUCAAUACAGGUUGUCCCAAAUGUGCAGGAGGAAGUGUCUCUAAUAUCUAAGUCAACAACUGAGGAUGGAAUAUCCACAUUACAGGAAGACAUACCAAAGGAACAGCCUUCACAGCCACCAUCUGUCAGAACAGAAGCUGAUCAGCGUCGUGACUCGGAACUCUUCCAAGGUGUGACAGAGGAGUUGGUACGUUUGGAGACAACCUACAAGGUGAUUCCUGCUGCAGAAGAACUUCUGUCACCUAAGGUGUCUAAGACUCCACCUCCCAGUCCUGCAGAGUUCAGAGACAACACGGGUGCUACAACAUGGCAACAUGGUGAUAUAUUGACCAAUACAGGACCAUCAGCAGCAGCAGCACAAGCCAGAAGAAAGGUUCGCAUUUGAGAAAGAC